AUCUAACUCUUGUGUAUCAAAGAGUAUAUGUCAAAGUAAGUCGAUAGCAUAAAUGGAUCUUAAUCUCUGAAUUAAGGCGGUAGAUAACAAACAAACAAAAAAAUAAUCAAAAUGGACAAAUAAAAGGCAGUGUCAGAGUUUGUAGUUUAAGUCUCAUUUUCAUUUCCUUGAUCUUAGAUCUAUUCAGACACUACCCUAAAGAUCUUUUGUCAAAAAGAUCCAAAACCCUUCUCUUAUCUAUUGUUUCUUUUUCAUAACUAAAAUCUCUGACCAACUCUGCCAUAUUGAGUCCAUAUGUACUUUUACAGCUAAGUGUGUUCCUGUAAUAUGGCACACCUCUGAGUUACAAAUCCACAUGCAUCGUUCAAACUAAUGUUCAAGGUACAAAGAACCAACACGCUUCCUUAUUCUAUGAAUCAAACUAUUGCAUGAAAGCUACUACUACUUUCUCAUCCCAAGGUAUAUAUAUUAAUUAAGGAAAUGAGAUCAUGUGAAGCAGCAUAAGCAAUAACACUAUAAAAAAAAAACAUAUAGUAUUUCAUUAGUGGAUUGAAAAAAAUAACUAUGACUAUAUCUUGUUGGAAACCAACUGUGGAGGGUGAUGAGGGAGAUGUGAAAGGGAAAGUUGAUGGAUUGCUAUGGUAUAAGGAUUUAGGGAACCAUCUUUAUGGUGAAUUUUCAAUGGCUGUGAUUCAAGCUAAUAGUUCAUUGGAGGAUUAUAGUCAACUUGAAUCUGGACCUUUGAGUUCUGAUUAUUUAGGCCCUCAAGGAACUUUUGUUGGUGUUUAUGAUGGUCAUGGUGGAACUGCAGCUUCUCACUUUGUCAGUGAAAAUCUAUUCUGCAAUUUAAAGGGUUUUGCAGCUGAACAUCAAGGCAUAUCAGAAAAGGUUAUCAAAAGGGCUUUUUCUGCAACAGAAGAUGAUUUUCUGUCUGUGGUAAAGAAGCAGUGGCUGAACAAACCACAGAUAGCAUCUUCUGGUUCAUGUUGUUUAGCAGGGAUAAUUUGCAAUGGCAUGCUGUAUAUUGCAAAUGCAGGAGACUCAAGGGCUGUGUUAGGAAGAAUGCAGAGGGGAACAAGGGAAACAUUAGCUGUUCAGUUAUCUGCAGAACAUAAUGUUAACAUCGAAACCGAGAGAGAUGAUGUUCGGUCGAAGCAUCCCUAUGAUUCGCAGAUCGUGGUUAUGAAACACACUGUUUGGCGUGUUAAAGGCAUCAUACAGGUUUCAAGAUCCAUAGGUGAUGCAUAUCUGAAGAAAGCAGAAUUUAACAGGGAGCCUCUGCCACCUAAGUUCAGACUACCUGAAACAUUUUUCAAGCCAAUUCUUAGCAGUGAGCCAUCAAUAUCAAUCCACAAACUCCAUCCUGAAGAUCAAUUUAUCAUCUUUGCUUCUGAUGGUUUAUGGGAGCAUCUUAGCAACCAAGUAGCUGUCAAUAUAGUUAGCAACAACCCACGUAACGGAAUAGCUAGGAGGCUUGUGAAAGCAGCACUUAGAGAAGCAGCUAAGAAGAGAGAAAUGAGAUACUCAGAUCUCCAAAAGAUUGAACAAGGUGUGAGAAGACACUUCCAUGAUGAUAUAACAGUAAUUGUUGUAUAUCUAAAUCCAAAACUGGUUGAUAAUAACUCUCUAUGGAGUUCUCCACUUUCAAUCAAAGGAAAUAGGCAUGACAAAUGUUAGUGCAAAAAGAAUGAAAGAACUUUCUAAGCAUCCAUUCAAUACUUGUUUUUAGAAUUCUUGUAUAAAGAAGAUUUGUAGAUAAUUUGAGAUCACACUCUCAUAAUAGUUUAUGGUUAUGGUUGAAUUGAAGCUUCAAGAUUCUCAUAGAAAUGGAACCAAGCAAAUUUUAAAUGCACAUAUUAAGAAUGUUAUAUAUAUUUUUUAUUGU